AUGUCUGCAUUCCUAUCUAACAUAUCCAUUAUUGGCUCCGUAUCCGAGCAUCAACAAUCUCCCAAAAAGUGUGGUGGUCGAGAUGGUGGUGAUGUCGGUGAUGGUGAUGAUGGUGGUGGUGGUGAUGGUGAUGAUGGUGAUGGCGGUGAUGGUGAUGAUGGUGGUGGUGGUGAUCCUGGUGAAAGGAGCGGUCCACAUACUGGUGAAAUUGGUGGUGGAGAUGGGCAUCCAAAUGAUGCUGGGGAAUUUGGUGGUAGCGAUGGGCGUCCAAACGAGACUAGGAAAUUUGGUGGUAGUGGUGGACGUUCAAAUGAUACUGGGGAAUUUGGUAGUGGAGAUUGGGGUCCUAGUGAUACUGUGGAAUUUGGUGGUGGUGGUGGGCAUCCAAAUGAUACUGGGGAAUAUGGUGGUGGAUAUGCGGGUCCUAGUGAUACUGGGGGAUUUGGUGGUGGUGGUGGUAGGCAUCCAAAUGAUACUGGGGAAUAUGGUGGUAGAGAUCGGGGUCCUAGUGAUACUGGGGAAUUUGGUGGUGGUGGUGGUGGGAAUCCAAAUGAUACUGGGGAAUAUGGUGGUAGAGAUCGGGGUCCUAGUGACACUGGGGAAUUUGGUGGUGGUGGUGGGCAUCCAAAUGAUACUGGGGAAUAUGGUGGUAGAGAUAGGGGUCCUAGUGAUACUGGGGAAUUUGGUGGUGGUGGUGGGCAUCCAAAUGAUACUGGGGAAUAUGGUGGUAGAGAUAGGGGUCCUAGUGAUACUGGGGAAUUUGGUACUGGCCAUGGGAAUUCUACUGAUGGUAGUCCUGAUUCUGGGGUAUUUGGGGGAGCAGGUGGGUGCGAGAAUGGCGACGGUGGUGAUGCUGGUGGUGAUGCUGGUUCAGGAAUUCCUUCUUGA